AUGCGUUCAGACAUUAGACAUUGGGCUAAACAUUGCCUUAGUUUCCAAACCAGUAAAGUUCAUCGUCACACAGUCACCACCCCAGGUACAUUUUCACUCCCUGACGCACGUUUUAGACAAGCUCACGUAGAUAUUGUUGGUACUUUACCUCCUUCCAACGGUUUUGCUCAUCUUCUAACAUGUGUUGACCGUUUUACCCGUUGGUCACAACCUAUUCCUUUACGUGAUACAUCUACCGAUUCUGUUUCCCUUGUUUUUGUCGAAUCUUGGAUUUCUCUGUGUGGUGUUCCAUCCACCAUCACUACCGACAGAGGGACUCAGUUCAGUUCCACACUGCUCCGUGAUCUGGGUCGUUUAUUAGGCUGUACUCACAGAAAAACAACCACGUACCACCCCGCUGCCAAUGGCCUCGUCGAGCACUUUCAUCGACAAUUAAAACCUGCCAUCAUGGCUAGUUCAUCCGACUCACGCUGGUCUGAGUGUCUACCUGCCAUCCUCCUUGGCAUACGCAAUACAAUCAAAGAGGACAUUGGGUGCUACCCUGCAGAACUCGUGUUCGGCACCACCCUCCGACUACCUGGUGAGAUGGUACUGGACUCUCGCACCAUCGGCUAA